AUGCCAGUACCUGACUACGGUGUUUGGAAGGGGUUGCCUGUCCAUUACGAGUAUGAAAAUCGCUAUGAGGACUCCCAUUCUCCUCAUCUUUCGUUGUAUUAUCACGAUAAAGAAGGAACCGUGCCUCACUUUGAUCCUGACUACCGUCUCAAACACAAGGGCAAGGCUCGAAAUAAGAACAGACCAAAGGAGAUUCCUGGGCUCUUCCGUGCAGCCAUCAAUAUUAAAUCCACUGAUCAAGACUCUCGACUUGCAUAUUGGGUAAAUCAAAACAUCAUCGAGCAUCCAAUUGCCAGAAAGCUUGCGAACCUGGAGUUCGGCUUUCAUUCUCUUCAGGACUCGGAUGGCGAAGGGCUGGACUUUAUCCGAAGUGACCUCUUUGAUACUAGAAGUGGUCGUGUUCUCCCCCAUGACAUCGAUGGCCCCGAUAAUGAUAUUAUUGAUGUCCUCGUGCCUCAAGUAGAGCAUGCUAUCAAUGAAAACGCGGAUAUAUAUCUGUUUGGAUCACGCUUCAAUACAAAAAAUGGAAUUCAUGACGUGCACAUGAACCAAGGCAACAUUGAGAAGUUCGCCGACGACGAUGGAGUCUCCCAGGAUGGAGGUCUUCUCAUCCACUACAAAGAUGCCCAGAAUGACCAAAAUGAUCAAUGGACUGGGAUAUUUCUCGCAUUUGCAUCACAAUCCAUCCACACUGAUGAUCAGCAAGGCCAUGCUAUUCCUGAUGCGUCUGGCCGCCUUGUGACCUGGGGUGAUUUCAUAACUCCAGAGCGCGUCGAGAGCUCAGUGGCAAUCAAGGAAGCAUAUGUCAACCCACCGGGACCAGACGACCGUUCUAUUAGACGGCGAAAAUCAAUAACGCUCGAGAACCUUACCCACCACAAAGUCUCUCUCUCAUCGUGGAAAUUGAAGAAUUCGGCAGGCCAAGUGCAAGAACUUCCUCACAAUGCAGCCUUGAAGUCCAUGGCUACCGGAAUGUUUGAAGUACCAAACUGGAGUCUGUUGAAUGAGGGUGAUACUAUCACUCUGCUUAAUGAGCAGGGGUUAAAGGUUGAUGGUGUGAGUUACGGAGCUCGUCAGGGACGCAUGGAAGGUCAACCUAUUGUCUUCGCGCACUAG